CACCAGUACGCCGGGCGGCGCGGGACGCAGCGGUCGCCAGCCAGCAGGAGCGGUCGACGUGCCGGGGGCAGCGCCAGCAGAAGCGAGGCGGCGGCGAGCCGCGACUACGGUCCCAGUGCCAGGCGGCGGCGGCGGUGGCGCGCGGCGAUGCGGGGCGGCGAGAGCGCGGGCCGCUAGCCGGGCGCGGGCCGCCAUGCUCCUCGUGCUGCUCGUCUGGCUGGCUCCAGUGACGGGCCUGGAGCCAGCGCUGGACUUGCUGGACGGCCUGCAGCUGCGAAACGUCAGCAGGCAGGGAGUGAGCGCGGUGCCCGGCCCGCAGCACUUCCGGACAGCCUUCUACCUGCAAGGUGACUACAGGGACCUACGGUUACCUCCUUCCUCUUUCCAACGAGCAGUCGAUCUCCUGCGCCACAACACUGAGUUCACCCUAGCAGCAUCUCUGCGUCAGGAGGAAGCUAAUUCAGGAACUAUUAUUGCCUUUUCACAUGGUUUUAACAGGUAUUUGGAGCUGCAGUCAAGUGGUAGGAAAGAUGAAAUUCGUUUACACUACACAGCUCAGUAUGAUGCAACCAUCCAUGUGGAGGUAUUUCCAUACAGACUGGCAGACAAUAUGUGGCAUAAAGUGGCUCUUUCAGUAUCAGGUGCUCAAGUUGAACUCCUAGUUGAUUGCCAAAUACUUUAUCGUCGGUUAAUUCAGAUGCCUGAUCGUAAUUUUACUGCACCACAGUUAUCACUAUGGGUUGGUCAGAGGAACAGCAAGCAUUCCUUCUUUAAGGGUGCUGUAGAAGAAGUACGUAUCAUAGCUGGCCCUCAUGGAUACUUGAAGCAAUGCCCUCUGUUAGAUUCAAGCUGCCCUACAUGUGGGCAGUUUUCUUUGCUGCAGAGUACAGUUGAGCAGCUGACACAGAAUCUGUAUGAUCUCUCACAAAAACUCAUUGCAGCAGAAGAACGAAUAAGUAAAGUUGAAUCAUGUGAUUGCUACAAGUCAUGCCGUGUCAAUGGGUCAAUACAUACAGAUGGUGCAUCUUGGCAACAUGAUUGUGAAAUUUGUUCCUGUGUGCAUGGAGAUAUUCAGUGUCGACCUGUGCAGUGUCCAGAAGUCAACUGUAAGAAUCCUGUCCGUGAACCAGGAAAAUGCUGCCCUGUCUGCCGAAAACAGUGUCUAUUGAGAGGAGUGAUGUACGAUGAUGGUGAAUCAGUGAACCUACGCACUUGUGUGGACUGCCAGUGCCGGAAUGGUUUCAUGCAUUGUGUACGCCGUGAUCCAAAUGUCACAUGUCCGCCACUUCCUUGCAGCCCACAGGAGCAGUUCUCUGUUCCUGAGGAAUGCUGCAAAUUCUGUCCUGGGGUGGAUUACUGCAAUAAGGGACAUAUGUGCCAUGAAAAUGCUACUUGUCUCAACUUACAAACUACUUAUGCAUGUCACUGCAACACUGGAUUUUCUGGAGACGGUCAUUUGUGCCAUGAUGUGGAUGAAUGCCAGCAAGAAGGUGGACUCGAUGGACAUCACUGCCAUUCCAAUACUCGCUGUGUCAACACUCCAGGUUCUUAUGUAUGUGAAUGUUUGCCUGGUUAUCGACGUCUUGAUAAGUUCAAUUGUGUGGAGUUGGAUGAAUGUAGCACAGGAGAACAUGGAUGUCAUAGCCAUGCUUCGUGUGUCAACACACUGGGAAGCUACCGCUGUCAAUGCCAGCAGGGCUAUGAAGGCGAUGGAUACAACUGUAAACCUGUGUGCAAUCAGACCUGCUUGAAUGGUGGAGAGUGCAUCGCACCAGGAAAGUGCCAGUGCAGACAAGGUUAUGUUGGUGACUAUUGUGAACAAGAUCUUGAUGAAUGUAGCACUCAGAUGCAUAACUGCCAUCAAAGCUCACAAUGUGUAAAUAUGCCUGGUUGGUACUACUGUCGCUGUAAAACUGGUUUCCGUGCAUUACCUCACCAUGAUUCUGUCCUGGGAGCGAUAUGUCAAGAUGUAGAUGAGUGUUCUGAAGGUCUCCACACGUGUCACCCCUCUGCAAAAUGUAUUAAUACAGAAGGGAGUUUUCAGUGUUCUUGCAGUGAUACUGAAACACCCAACUGCAAACUAAGUUGUAUGUUUGAGGGAGAUGAACUGAUGAAUGGUGGAGUUGUGACCCCAAAAGGCAGACCAUGUCAUCGCUGUGAAUGUUCUGAUGGUGUUGUCUCCUGUCGUGAUCCCAUAUGUGACUGCAGCCAACGGAGCAGUCGCAACGACAAAUGUUGUCCUCAGUGUGAUCCUAGUGCAGCUUGCCAUCAUCAAGAACUGAGGCAUGUUGUGUUUCGAAGUGGUGAACGUUGGAUCUAUCAGUGCCAAACAUGUGAAUGUCUGUAUGGAGAGAUUGACUGCUGGCCAAUGGAGUGCCCUCCUCUGCUGUGCAGUGAGCCCAUCCUGGCACCAGGUGACUGUUGUCCACGUUGUGAAGAUGAUCCCUGUCCAUUGGAUAGAGGUGACAAUGGCAGUUCAGGACAGCCCUGUACAUAUGCUGGACACUUGUUUGAAUCAGGCACCCAGUGGCAGAAUCCUCACGACAAAUGUAGUACCUGUAAUUGCAAAGUGCCGUACUGCGCGCAAUUGGUGAGCAAUACCGCGUGUUGUGUGCAUCGGAUGGGAGGCUUUGCUGCAGUUAUGACUACAGUUGUGGUGACAGCCAGUUCAACAAGUCUGCACAGCCUACUGGAAGUACUUCACAUUCUUUACAGCUUAAUAGUGUUAUUAGUAAAGUUCCUGAUGAAAAUUCCCAAGCUAGGGUGGCAAGCUUAUUGUCAUCGCAAGCACAAGUUCGGCAGAUUACUCAGUAUGCCACUAGCAACAAGACAGUGGACAAAAGGUUAUCACAACCUGGCACAGAAAUGCCAGAGAACAAGACAAAACACUUUACUGCUAGUGAUGUUUCUAACAGUUGUGAUGAUGGGUCAUCUUGUAGUGGGGACAGCCCAAUGCCUAAGACUCCAGCUCUUCCUAAAAAUUCUGGAGGUGGUCAUAUUGACACAAUUCCUGAAAAAACUGGUGUUAGUGUGGGACAGAUUAUUGAAAGUGUUACAGAAAAGGCUGUGGAGAACACCAGCUCACCACAGGCUUCAAUGGAUAUUGACAAUGGUGAUCACGUGGCCUGAAUUAACAAAUGUGAAUCGGUAAGAGCGAAACUUGUGAUUCUAAGUGUAUGUGUUUCAGUAAUGAAGCCAAAAGAAGAAAUGAAAUGAAGCAUAAGGAAGCUUACAUAUGUGGUUGAGAAGAUCUAGUUUUAGUAGACCUGGGAGUGAGAGCAGCUGUUAGUUGUUUGCAUACAGGUGAGUGCCUGUCUUAGAUUCAGGUAAAUUAUGUUUGUGAAAUUGUUGUGGGCACAGUGCCUGUUGCUUGUGAAAGAGAACAUUUCCUCUUAAUGAGAUAAUACUUAUCUAAAUACAUAAACAGAACUGAAGUAUUAAUGUAGGCAAAUGUGUGGAACUGAGCUUUGUAGAUAUAUUUAUACACAUUUGCCUAAUGUACAUAAAUCUGUUACAAAGCUGACAGUUGUUUCUUUCUGUUCUGUACAGAAACUACAGUUGUGUAAGGGAUUUCCAUUUGAUAUAAAUCAUGUGAUUUUCCUAUGUUUGUACUGAGUUGUAAGUUAUAAAUAAUAUUUAAUAUUUGGUUAUUUUUGUGGUAUGUAAAGUACAGUUUACCAUUCCACAGUUUCAGCAGUGCUAACCAUCAAAACACUAUAGAAAAUCUGUUUGACUUAAUGAUGUAGAUUUUGAAUAUGUUAUUCAAUUAUGUGAAAAUGUCUAAAUUAGUAGAGUAUGUUGUGGAGAGAAUGAUUUAGGUGAAGGACUUAACAGCAUUUUCAAGUGUCUGGGGACAGAAGGAGAUGUAGAGAGAGAGAGAAAGAGAGAGAGAGAGAGAGAGAGAGAGAGAGAGAGAGAGAGGGAGAGUAUGGUUGAGUGUUUAAGUAAAUGAAUGACAUUCCUCAUAGUAAUAAUUCUGAUACUAACUUUCCACAAAGGAGGAAUCUUUGCAACAUAAAACACACGCCAUGUCUAAAAUUAUGUUAUUAGAGAUUAAGUGAAGUGCAUCGGCGAUAUUAUUGAAAAGAUGUACUGUUUUUUUCUGUUUUGGUUUUUGAGGAAGUCUAAACUGGUAGUGUUGCAUUAUUUGGAGUAUGAAAACCUAAAGAAAUGGUCUCAUAAUGGACACUCACUCGAAACAAUUUUGAAUGUUUGUAGAACGGACUGUGUCAUAGAUAAUACAGGGAAAGAGAAGCUUCAACUGUGCAUUAUAACACUGUAAUUAAUGCAACAAAAGUUUUGGUCUAACCAGUGAUACAUGAAUUUAAUCUGAAGUAAUCGGAAAUGCAUAAAAGUAUGAAACUGAUUGACUAAUGUAUUUAUUACUCAAAAUAAUAGACCUUCUGUGGAAUUUUUGGAGAGCACUGCCUCAUAUGACUACCAAAUAAAAGUCAGUUUUCAAACAGGAGGGAAUAAGAAAAUUUGUAAGUUCAGACAUUUGAGUUCAUUUGCUAUGAUAUUUGCUUGCUGUAUAAUCAACAGCAGAUUUUAUGCAAUAAAAGUCACUGCUUUGUUUAUAUUACUCAAUAAUAAUUAAGUUCUUUCUUCUGUAUAGCUAUUGAGCUAGCUGAAGAUUAGAAGAGAAAAGACUGAUUGUUCCAUAAUUGUCUCGCAUUACAAAAAUAAACUUGAAAGGCAGACUUGUUGUUAAAGUUAGGUUAAUAAAAUCUGUUAACUUAUCUAAAACAGUUACACCAAGAAAAAUUUUUAAUCACACAAUAAUACAAUAUUUUUCAUGCUGUCUUUCAUUAUCAUCAUGGGGAAGUAAAAUGCAUAAAUUCACCUUACCUUGUAUUAAAAUUUGAAAAAUUAUUGAAUAUCUUUCAUAAAUAAUGGUAGCCAACAGUUUACAGAGAUCAUAAACUCCAAGUUACUGGUAAUGGAAAAAAAAUCAUCAAACAAUUUGGGCUAGAUUUUUGUUUUAGUUUAUCUGAGUAGAUAAUAUAUAGCACUGAAAAUAAUUAAUUCAGAUCAUAACAUAGAUGCAGUUAGUUGAGGGCUAAGUCAAUUUGUUAUAAUUGUGCUUUUUCCAUAUUGUAGCACAGUGGUACAACUACAACCAUAUGUAAGCUGCGCAUUGUGUUCAGUGUUGUUGUUCCCUGAUGUGACUGUGACAGGAAAAUGACUUUGGUUCAAAAAAUACUCAGUGUUAAAUAUAAUGAAAGAAAAACCAAUGAAAUUGUGUUUUAUGUCUGAUCAAACUGCUGCGCACACAAAAUUUUUCUAAGGUCCUAUCAACAAAUAGCAUUCUGGGAAAAGUCUUAAGUAAGAAUACCAUUCUGAAAGACUGAUUCAUGUGUAUAUAAACAUUUAUGGACUGGUUAUCAGUGAAAUAAGGAUAUAAGAGCUGAUUUUAAUUUCAAUAUACAUUGUAAAUCAUUCUAAUUUUUUUAUUCUCAUAUGGUAAACUGAACAAUUUGUUUCAUAUACUUUAAAAAACACAUUACUACUAGUGCUGCAGACAGUAAUAAUUUGUGUGGUUAGGGGCUGAUUUUUUGCAUUUAUUGCUACUGAUGAUGUACACAUCAAAUUUGAUGCUAAGUUUCCAUCAUAUUUAUGUUUGUGUGUUUAUUUCCUUUACUUUAUAGUUGAUGCACUCAAACUGUGCCAUGAAAUGCAAGAGCUUAAACUUGAUAUGAUCAUUUGAAAUAACUUUCUUUCAAUUUUUCAGUCACAUUCUUGUUGCAGAAAAACAUAACCAGUUCUUCUUGAUGAUUACAGCUAACUUUUCCAUAAAUCAUCAAAAUAAUUAUAUUAUAAAUAAUACUUAUUAUAUUGGAGAACAAAAGAUUGCUGCUAUUAUUUGCUGCUAUUAUUUUGCAAAUAGCUCCACAAAAAAUGAAAUUCAAUGUUGCUAUAAACAUACUGAAAUGUAAUGAUUUAUCCUUUAUCACAAUAAUUCUACACAUAGGCAAUGUUCAAAGAAUUCCAGUUUCAGUACUACUAGUCAAGACUUGACGUUACAUCAGUAAAGAGUGCAGAUUUGUUGCAAGUUAUUUCAUUGCUUCAGAUACUGCAUUUUUUUUUAUUUUUUUUUUCAUCUAGUCAAACUAUGUGCAAUAUUGUCAAAUUGUCAAUAAGUGAAAGUCAUUGAUGAGAAUCAAAUGCAUUAUUUAAAUGUCUUCCUAUCAAGUGACUGGAUUGGAGUGUGGAUGAAAUGCAUUAGACUUUAACAGUGCGUGCAUUAUCGUUAUAUAUAUGAUAUAUAAAUAAUGUGUAUUAAGAUUUUGAUAUGAUAUGAGGCAGGGAUCUGAUUGAAUUGUUAAUAUAUAAUUAAAUGCAGUGCACAGUUACUGCUGAUGUAUAUUAUUUCAAAUAUUUUUUUCUAGCAAUACAAAGAGAUGACACGUAAUAUUCAUUCGUGGGCAGGUAACAGAUAUUAUGUUUACUGAUGUUUGUCAGAGCCUUAAUGAUUUUUUAUGUAGAAAAUGCAAGGGUUGAAGGAAAUGUUUGGCUGUGGUAAGCUGCAGUAUUGUUAUAAAACUGAUGUUGGAUGCUUUUGGAGUGUUUAGUGACAACUGCUAUCUGUUUACAUUUAACAACAAUAACUGCUAUCUUAGUACCCAACUGUCUUACAGAGAUAUUUUCUUUUUUGAAUCAUUGUGUAGCAUCAUAGAUAAAUUAAGUGCUCCCUUGACAUUUUUAGUCUUAAAAUGUUUUUUGAUCCAUAAUCCACACAAAGUAAUGAAUAUUUCAUGAAAAUGAGUUAAAUUUUUGAAUAUAAUUUUUAAUAUUGUUUUAGAUUCAUUUAGGAAAUCAAAAUAUUAUAUUUUAAGUUCUACUUUAUGUAAUAAUUUUAAUAGAUAUAAAGGAAAUUUGAAACCAUUUAAAAUAUUUUAUAUAAAGACACACACACACACACACACACACACACACACACACAUACCUCCAAGUGAAGCAACCAGCAUCUCUGUAUCACUACAAUUCUGAAAACUUAAGUUGUAAUAUGCAGUACUGAUGACAAUUACUUUCUGGUGCAUCCAGUUUUGUACUGUGUUAAAAAAAAAAAUCUCUUAAAAUAUCACUGCUCAUAAGUGUAUCAUUAAAAUGAGGAAAAAGUCUGUAGUCACUUCUUCAUUAUGGCACAGUAAACUGUGAGUGGCCUUGUCAAAAUAUUUCUAGUUAUUUGAUCUCAUUGCAGCAGUUACCGAGCUGUAGGAUGAAACUCUUAUUUGGUGCUCUGCUAUAUAGUAUCUCAUUGAAUUUGUGUUCAUGUUAGUACAAUUAAUGUUUAUUGUAAAGAGAGAAUUUAUUUUGUGUGUUUGAGAUGUCAAGCUUGAAUGAAUGAGUAUGUAAUGGCCGCUGUCUUUUCUUUUUCGUACCCCACUUGUGCUUCUGAUUGUUAGUAAUCUUCAUGCAGCAUGAAAUUUGCUUAAAUAACUUUUAUUUUAUUUUAUUCAAUGUGAAAGGUACAUAUCCACAAAGAAAAAUUUGUUCAGUACUCAUAGUGGUUCAGCAGUUUCAUGAAGAUGCAGAAUAUUUCUAUACCAUCUCAGAAUUGCCAGAAUGUUUCUGUAAUGUAAUUUGUAAUAUGCAUUAUUUAUACCUUUGUGACUUCUGCAGUAUAUUUGAGUUAUUAUAGUACAACAGAUUAAUUUUAAUCAAGCUAAUUAAAAAAGUUUUAAAAUAUUUUGAAUGAUAAAAACAUAUUUUUUUCUAAUGAUUGAUUGAGCUAAAAGGAUGGAAACUGCAUAAUCUGAAAUCAGAUAUUAAAUUAAUGAGGCAUUUUAUGCAAUGACAUUAAACUUCUACAAUUCUGUUCAUCCUAGUAUCAACGAGCUAGCAAACAAGAUAUUAUAAAUUAUACAGUUUAGAAGAAAACUGUUAUAUCUGCAAAAGAAUGAACUGCUGAUAAAUUUUACCAGUUUAUCUGUGAGGCUGUUAAAUGCAUGAAACAACUGUAUCUGUUUGUAUUAUGUCAUUUUUAAUGCACAACUGCUCCUAAUUCAGUCUUCCUUCCUCUCUUGGUUACUUCAACAUGUGUAAUACUAGACACAUUUACCUUUUAUGUAUAUCUGGAAGUGGUUUUGUUUAGGCAGUCACAGAUUAAUCUUUCAGUGUAAUGAACAAUAUGUUGAUAAUUUCAGUGUCAUUUGCACAUUUUUGCUGGAUAUUUAAGGCACCAUCUCUGUGAGUAUACAUAUGAAGAACAGAAUAUGUACUGACAGAAUAAUUACCAGAUUUCAUAUAAUUCAGGAUUCAUCAGAAUGUUUACAUACUAUUAAAUCAUUUUGGACUGUCAUGAGUGAUUUUUGAAAAAAUAAAUAAUAUUAAGUGCAGCAUUUGUGAUGUGUGCCUUAGAUGACCAAAUUAGGGUUCAUGUCUAAGAGAAGUCCAUGGUGCAUUACAUGCAGGAGUGUUGCUGCUGACUCAUUACCCUAGCUGCCUUGUUCUAUUUUCAGAUACAACAGCAUAAAAUUCCCUUUGCAAAUUUCAAGUCUUCUAUUUACAGAAGAAGUAUAUGAAAGGUGUGAUAUUUUUUUUAAAUUAUAUGAAGCACUGACUGUAUAUAGCCACUGUAUGUAUGUUACAAUACAGCCAAACUUGUGACAGCUGUGUGUUAUGAUUUUUACUAUGUAAGUUCAUUUUUUAUCAUUUUUAAACUUGUGCUGUAUUUUUGUUUUAUAAAUACAUUGUUUUUUAAGAAAUUGUAAAUUUCUAGUCAUGAAGAGUAAUAAAUUAUUGAAUGAAAGGGAAUGCUUGUUUUUCUGACUAUAUUUUAAUGCUAGUAUUUCAGCCACUAGAUUUUGCUUCUAUCAUAAGAGCACUUCAAAAUUUCCUGUUGACACCCAUUUUCAAAAUACUGUGAUAAUAUAAAUGGGAUACUGGUGCUAAAUAUGUGACAUACAGGAAUGCUGUCAGGGUGCUUUGUACAGUUGUGUUUUAUGUUAAUUAUUUUGUAAUCAGUCUGUGCCAACUGUUACAAAUAAAUCAUUGUUACUAUUUUGA